AUGAAGCGGGCAUACCUGCAGAGGAAUGUCAGGGGACAACCUGAUCUGGAUCGUGAGUAUCGACACCCUCGCACAAAAGCCGACAAGAGUACGCGAAGUGGCUCGACUAGCUCUAAACCACGUCGCUUGAAUGCAGAUGGCUCACCUGUGACUCAACAACGACAAGCUGAUAAUUGGGAGAAUCUUCCCCCUCUCGAGGAGCUCAUUGACGGUGUUAAUCUUUUCACAAAGCAGUACUUUCAACUUGGCUUUAUUCCCAAAGAGCAGUAUCCGGAGCGCCUGCGUAAGGAUUCGCGCUCUACUAGCCUGUUUCUACUCAUGGGCAUCCUCAGCAUUUCAGCUCGACUAAGUCCCGCCUUCAAAUUACGAUAUGGGACCGGUGUGAAGGCCGCCGAGUACUUUAUGGAAAGAGCAUCGUUGAUUGCGUUCGAAGAGGUGUACCAAGAACCUACACUAGAAAGAUGUCAAGCCUUUUAUUUGUUAAGCAUUGCCCAACAAGGCAGUGGUGAGCGCAACAAGAGCUAUAUUAAUAUGGGCAUUGCGAUCCGAAUGGCCAUCCUCAUGCAACUCCAGCGAGAGGAAACGUAUCAUAUCUCGAACCCAACGCCUGAUCUCAUCAUACGCGCCGAAUCCGCAAGACGAACACUUUGGAUGUUACACAGCCAAGACAAUUUACAUUCAGGGCCCCUGUCUCCCGUGUCGCUGUCUGCAGGUGACAUCACCACGCUGCUACCCUGCAACGAAGAGGACUUUGCAAAUGGACAUAAACCAAGAUCGCGAGCUGCUUUGGAAGGGACACCGCCCGCUAUGGACAACCCGAAGCUAAUUCAAGAUCCCAACCGGUCGCUCUUCGCAACGCUCAUGCAGAUUCACUCUUGGUGGGGCGUAGUUGGACGACGUGCCGUCAGGUUCAGCAAGAGUCCAUGUCCCUGGGACGCAGCAAGUGAAUUUUCGCAAACGGCCGAAAAGCUGAGACAGUGGGAACAGAAUUUACCUCAGGAACAUAGAUGGAGCACCUAUCUUCUCAAACGGUACAAGGCGGAAGGCCAGGAAUUGGCCUAUUUGUCUGUAACAAUGAUGACGCGCUUGUCCAACAUCGUUCUUCGUAGGCCAUAUCUGAUAGAUAUUAUAAAACCUGACAAAAAGGACCACACGAAACAAGAUUUCUUCGCAUCCAUGUCCGAGGAAAUCUUCAUCAACGUGCGAUGCCUGUACGCACAAAUCGAUGCCCAAUUCACCAACCGAUCUCCAGAUGAGAGCGUCGGCGCACAAAUUGCCGCCUUUUGCGUAUAUAGCUGUGGUUUGUUCUCAACCUACCUUUGCAAAUAUCCCAGCAUCUGCCCAGACAAAGCCCUCGUCCGUGACGGACCAAUUAUGCUCCAAAGAACAAUCAACAUUCUCAAAGAAUGCCGAGAAGUAUGGCCCCUAGCAGCACGCUGGGUAGAAGCCCUCGAGAAGUUCUCCCUCGAUCCGCAAUCGGCCACGUUUGGCAACGAAGGAAGCAUGGACGAUGGAAAAGAUCCCAUUCCCCGUUUUACACGACAAUUACCACCCCUAUUCCCUAGCGCAAAACCGAUCCCACCUCCUCCACCUCCUCCAACGCUACCCGGACCAAACAUCCUCCCACGACCGGGAACACAUCCCGAACUACCGCCCUCAUCAUCCAUCGGACUACCGCACCACCAAAACGCUACAUCUAACCCCGCUCCCAACCUUCAGUUACCUUCUCCACCGCAACAACAAACCCAACCACAACUCCAUCAAUCGCACGGCUAUCCAAGCGCACCCCUUCCAGCACCAGCAACAAUCUCUCCACACCCGUACGCAAACCACCCCCAGCCUCCUCACGCAGGAGUCCUACCAGACUCCCACAACAUGUACAUGCACACCCCGAUGGACCGCCAAAACGCCGACGGACUAGGCAUGCUCAUCGAAGCGUUUGACUCAAACCAUCCCGGCCCGCCGGCUCCGCAUUAUGGCGCGGGCAACUUCAAUCCGCAACUUGUUCCUGGGACGGAUGGUUUUGAGGGCGAAUUGCAGUUUUACAUUGACGGGCCGACGUCCGCUUGGAUAAACAGCAGUGUCUGGCUGGACACGAUGCAAUGA